AGGGGCGAACAACGAACGUCGGAACGGCAGACGUACUUUCAAACAUGGCCGCUUCUCCGUCUUGAAACGACCAUUCCCUGUUUUCCCGUUUCAAUUAAAAUAAAUUUCAAGUAACGUCUGUGCAAUUAAAAAUCACGUAUAUCCGUUCAGUUUUUACAUCUUUUCCUUUUGUACAUCAAGUUUGGUAAGUAUACUGUCAAAUUGUCUCAGAUAUUUUGAUUAUUCAAAAAGCAUUCCGUGACCCUCAUCUAUUGUUUUAUAGUUUUUGACAUUCGUCAGAAACAGCAUCGAAAAUAUGUACAGCAACUCUGGCUUUCCAAUGUGAGUAUGCUACUAAAUAUUAUAUUACAUAAACAAAUGCACAAGUUAUUCCAUAUUAAAUUCGAAUUUCAAAUGAGGCAUGUUUGCCUUUUUCUAGAAAAUAUGUUAAAAUGGAUAUUUUUAAUUCAGAUUCUAACUAAAACUACAUAUGUGUUUUGAUAUUUCUUUGAAUAAAGUUGAUGUCCCGUGGUUAAAUUUAUUUGUUAACUUUUUUUUAAUACUUGUUAAUUGCCACAAUGUAAAACAGCUCUGAAGUAUCUUACCUUUAACUACCUAUCUAUACGGUUAUACCUAUAUCUAAUAAAAAUAAUAUGAAUUUAUUGAAAUUAAAUGUUUGCCUAAUGCAAUAUUGCAUCAUGUUUCACCAUACUUGUAUACAUACCUGAAAUACACUGUGAUAAAUUAUAUUGUAUCCUUAUUAUUAGUUUGUCUCUAGACAAGAGAUAUGUUAAUUAUUUUAAAUAAGUACUACUUAACUUUGUUCUUAUUUUAAAUAUACUGUAUUAUCAAUUUUUUAAAAUGUGAUUUUAUGCCUGGUUUACACGAUGCGUAGUAUUUGUAACUCCCACCAGUACUUGUCACUUGCAAUAGGGCUAUAUACAACAUUUUAAGCAAUGUCAAUAUUAACAAGGUAGUUAUAAUAUUAGUUGUAUUAUAACUACCUUGGAUAGUAAUAAUAAGUGAUCAUUUAAUUGAUAAUAAGUUGAUGUAUAGACAUUAUGAUGAUUAAUGAGCAUCAUCUGGUCGACCCACACUAAGAGUGUAAUAAUAAGUAGAGUUUAAUUGAAGAGGGGUUAUCUACCUGUCAUUAGUAAAUAGAACUUGGUUUUAUUCACUCGUACUUGUCACUUCCACUCUCAUUAAAUUUACUGUUUAUAUAAAGGUAUUGGUAUGAGUGACAAGUAAUACCCAUCAUGUAAACCAGGCAUUACAUUUAACUGUUUAAAGUGAAUUUUAAUUUCUUAAUUGUAAGUUGGGUAUAUUACUAUCUACUUAUUAAUAAUCAAAUUUGGGCAAAUAAUUGUAUUAGAUUAGGUAAUAUAUUAAAUUAAAGUAAUUUAUUUUGGUUUUGUUUUAUAUGGUUUUAAUCAAUUUUAAAACAAGACUGUUUCACUGUAAUAUUCUAAUUUAAUUAUUUAAACUCAAUUGUAAAAGGCACAGGAAUACAUAAAUUUAAGUAUAUUCCUAAGCUUAAUUAAUUAUUUAAUUUAGAAGAUUACCUAUCUGAUUUUAGUAAAGUAGGUUUAUUAUACUUUAAUAAUACUAUAAUAAUUAAUAAGUAAUUUUAUUUGUUUAUUAAUAUUAGUUUUAUAAAAAAAUUAAAUAAUUUUUAAAUCUUAUAUUUUUAAUUUCUGUAUAGUGCAGUGUCACUAACAAUAUAUUUUCAUGAUUUAUACUAUCAGGCCCCAGUAGAUAUAGAAUUUUAUCAAAUAAUCUAAUUAUAGUAAAAUAAAUGGUCUUGUCUAAUUUUUCACAAUUCACUAUGUGGCUAGAUUGAUUACUCCAAAAAUAUUAAGGGAAACUUUUAGUCUAAAACAGUGUUUCUCAACUUAUAUUUUUAGAUACUCGAAUGGGUAAUCUGAGACUUCUGACAAAAAAGUGAAUGUAGUUUAAAAAAAAUAACAUGAAGGACGUUUUUUAAAGUUUUAUUUUGUUAAUACGUACCUAUUUCAAUAUUAUUAAUGUACAUAAUAUCAAAGUUAAAAAAUUAAUUUUAAUUUCUCAUUAUCUCAAAGAUAGAUAUAAUGAAAAGAUUGGAAUCUUUCCAUCGUUACCUUCAUUAAAAGCCAAUUUCGCACAAGUAUAAAAUUACAAAUGACAAUGAAACGGUGACCACCUUUAUAGAUAUUUACUUAUUAAUUUUUUCUAAAUUCCUUAUGUAACCUUUGUUUUCGGACCCUUUGGGUUAUGUGGAUGGUGUUCCACAUUGGGAAACACUGGUCUAGGACGUAAUCAAUGUGUCAAACAUAUAUUAGUGGAAUUGAACUCCAAGUAUAAAAGUCAACUGCCCUAUAUAUAAAAACUAUUUAUAAUGUAUAUAUUUUGAAGCUAAAUGUUAAUAAAAUAUUGGAAAUUUGAUUAAAGUAGUUAGGGAUUUAAAUUUUGCUAUUUUAACACUAACGGAGUGUAACUCAGUAUAAUUAUGUUAAAUUUAUUUUGUAGUUAUAUAACAGCAUACCAUAUAUUAUUUUAAGUAGUUAUUAAUGUAUUUUCCUUAAAAACUAUAAUAUAAUAAUUUAAAUUAUUAUUAGAUUUAAAAUGUAGUAUUAUAAUAUCCAUGUAAUAUUUUAUUUUUCCUAUUUAAUAUUAUAGGUAUCAACAGCAACGUACAACUCAAAAUCAAGGUUAUACCAAUCAAUUUUGGAAAUCUCAGAAUGGCAAUACAGAAAAUGCAGAUUUUGGUGGUGCAAUGUUCAAACCAAUGAAUAAGGCACCAGGUGAAUUGUUAAGAAAGCCGAAUUGGACUCGUGAAUCUCUGCCAUCAUUUAAAAAAGAUUUUUAUACUCCACAUGUAGACACUGUAAACAGGUUAAUUUCUAUUCUUAUUUAUGUUUUAAUAAAUAUAUACAUUUAUAUCCUUAUAAUUGUAUAAAAUACAUACGUUAUACAAUAAAUAUGUAAUAAUGUUUCAGGAGUCAAGAUGAAGUUACUUCAUAUCGUAAUGAUAAAGCGAUUACUAUUCGUGGUGCAAAUGUUCCAGAUCCUAGUCAAUUCUUUAUUGAAGGCAAUUUCCCGGAAAGUGUUGUACAGGAAUUAAAAAAACAAGGAUUUUCUGAACCAACUGCAAUUCAAGCUCAAGGAUGGCCAAUAGCUUUAAGUGGUCGUGAUCUUGUCGGUAUUGCUCAAACAGGUUCUGGAAAAACAUUAGCAGUAUGUAUACAUUUUCUAUUUUAUUUAGAAUUGAAGAUAUUAAAUUAUUCAAAUAUUUUUUAGUACAUGUUACCAGCAGCGGUACACAUUACUAAUCAAGAACCUCUUCAACGUGGAGAUGGACCUAUUGCUUUAGUAUUGGCUCCAACAAGAGAAUUAGCCCAACAAAUACAAAGUGUUGCAAAAAUGUUUAGCUCCAGUAUUCGUAACACAUGUAUUUUUGGUGGUACUCCAAAAGGACCUCAGGCACAUGAUUUACAAAAUGGCGUUGAAAUUGUAAUUGCUACUCCAGGGCGAUUAAUUGAUUUCUUAGAACGUGGAUCCACAAAUUUAAAACGUGUUACUUACUUGGUACUCGAUGAAGCUGAUCGCAUGUUGGAUAUGGGAUUUGAACCUCAAAUUAGAAAGAUCAUUGAACAGAUACGGGUAUUAGAUAUAUAUAUAAUGUUAUAUUUAAUAGCUUAUUUAUAUUGCUUUCUUAAUUAUUUUUAGCCUGACAGACAAGUAUUAAUGUGGUCUGCAACUUGGCCAAAAGAGGUUCAAGCAUUAGCUGCAGAUUUUCUAGUUGAUUACAUUCAAAUUAAUGUGGGUUCUUUAGAACUUGCUGCGAAUCAUAAUAUUCAGCAGUUAAUAGAAGUCUGUGAAGAUCAUGAAAAGGAUUAUAAAUUGUUUGAUCUUUUAAUGAGAAUAUCUAAUGAACCUGGGUUUAAAGCUAUAAUUUUUGUAGAAAAGAAAAAGAAAGUUGAUGAACUUACUAGGCAAAUAAAGAAUGAAGGGUAAUUGAAAUGUUUUAAAAUUUUAACAAGAUAUAUUAAUAAUGCUAUUAUUUUAGGUAUAUAGCAACAUCUAUGCAUGGAGAUAAAUCUCAGCAAGACCGAGAUCAUGUUUUAAAUGAGUUUAGAAAUGGAAAAUCGCCUAUUUUGGUUGCUACUGAUGUGGCUGCACGUGGACUGGGUAUAUCUAAGGAAAUGGUUUAAAUUUAAAAGUAUUUUAAUUUAUUUAUUUUUUAGAUGUUGAUGAUGUUAAGUAUGUAAUCAACUUUGAUUAUCCCAACUCUUCAGAAGAUUAUGUACACAGAAUAGGUAGAACUGGGCGUUCUAAACAAGCUGGCAUUGCUUAUACAUUCUUUUCUACUAAUAACAUGCGUCAAGCCAAAGAUCUUAUUUCAAUUUUAGAAGAAGCUCAUCAAAUAGUUCCUGAAGAACUCAUUGAAAUGGCUAAUAUGGCAAAAAAUCAUAUGUCAAGUGUGUAUACAUUUGAAAAAAUAAUUUCAUUUUUAGAUAGUUAAGAAAUCCACAUUAAUAGUAAUAAAAUAUCAUGAUAUACUAAACAAGAUUAAAUUAGGUAGGUUGACCACAAAUAAUUAAAAUGAAGGUGAAGGAUAAUAACUAAAAAAAUAAAUAUAUCUAAUACUGCUUUUUAGAAAACUUUUAAAAUAAGCUGAAGUAUUUCUGUGAAUAAAUUUAAUGCAUAAGGUAAUUUUUAUACAUAUUUUUUCGGUGUGUCUUAAUGUUUAUUUUAAAAAUUGUCUAUACUUUUAGUUAAUGAGAGAAAAAACUUAUUAAUCUGUACUUUUAUGUUGACUCAAUAAAAUAUUUAGAUUUUGCAUAUAGGAAAUGCAUUUUGGUAAAAAUAUAUUUAUCAGGUGGUAAACUAGACCUAUUUUAAAAGCAAUGACAUAAAAUUAAUUUAUCAAUGUAAUUUUCUACUCAAUUGAUUUCAGUUUUGUGUCAAAUAUUAACAAUUGAGGAUUUAAUUAGCCCCAUUUUAUGUUUUAAAUGGGACCAGUCCUCCUCAAACAUUAUGUUACUAUUAUAUAAAUAAAAAAAUAUAAACGAUUCAAUAAAAUUAUAUUUUAAGGUCAUAUUAAAAAAGUUAAGCGAUAUUAAUUAAUUUAAAUUUUGUAAUUUAUUAUAUUGCCAGAUUUUUUUAAAAUAUCGCUAUAUUAAUUAUGUGAGUUUAAUUAACCUCAUUUGUACUUAACAAAUGGGGCCAGUCUCUUGCAAACAUCUAUUACUAUUUUCUUUUCCAUCAUUUUAAUAGUUUGAUGUAUUAUUUAUUAUUAGAAAUAUGUUUAAUAAUCUUGUUUUGAAGAUUUAAAUGUAUUAUGUAAUAUAUGGUGAUUAUAUUUAUUAGGUCGUGCUAAGUGGACCAACCGUUAUCGUGAUGUUAACACACCAUUGGCUAUUCAGUCACCCUAUGGACAAUCUAAUAACGCUAGAACUACCAAUCCAAACUACACUAACGGGUCUGGUUAUGGAGCAACCAGUUACGGAAAUAACUUUGGUAGUUAUAGUAAUGGAGCAGCUAAUUACGCUAAUGGAGGAUCUUACGGAAAUGGUCAAAACUAUCAACCAAAAACUUACAAUAAUGAACAUAAGAAUGGAGCAUACCAAUCAGGAACUGGCAGUAUUCCUCGUAACAUUCCUAAGUUUCAAAACCCACAGUAUCAAGCACAACAGUAUAAUGGAGGAAAUCCUGGGCAAAAAUACGGACAAAAUCAGGUAUGGUUUAAUUAACUUUUAUUAAUUAUAACUUUUUUUUUUUCAAAGAGUAAAUUAAAUAAUGCAAUAAUUAAUAAUUUAUACUUGAACAAAAAAUUGUAUACAUUGAUGGCUUCAUGGGAUAAUCUUGUAAGUUGAUUUUAUACAACUGUGAGGUACUUGCUAAUUUGUCAAUUUGUUAUUUACUAUUUAUAUAUACUAUCUAUUUACUAUUUAGAUAGAAAUAUAUAUUUUUUUUAAUAUUUCAAAAUACAAGUUUCAGAUUUUCGGAAAAUUUUAACAUAUGAGGUUUUGUAUCCUUAUUAGUAUAUUUUUUACUAUACUUAUUAAAUAUAAUUCAUUGCAAUUAUAAUAACAUAGAAAUUUGUACGUUAUAAUUAUAUAUUGGAUAUAUAUAUAUAUAUAUAUAUAUAUAUAAUUCAAUGUUUACAAAAUAACAUUAUGUAGUGGUCCAUGUAAUUAAUAUUUUAAAUAAUCUUUGUUAUAUUUAUAACAAAUGUAAUCACUAGAAACUUAAGAUUUGUUUACAUUCUUGUCACUAUAGUGUUAACAAUUAAUAUUAUUAAUAAACAAAAAAAAAAAAUGGAUAGGUGUAGACAAUACUUCAUGUUUAUGUAUUUUUCUUGGUGCUAACUAUAUGCUAAUUAUAUGUGUUCAAUACAUAUUUAGCAUCGUAAUUUUUCUACUACAGUUGUAUUUUUUUCUAUUUAUUAUCACAUAUUUAUUUACAAUAAAUUACAGAAUACUGUCGGUUAUAACCGUGGUCAAAAUGGCUUCACUAAUAAUCCACGUACUAACUAUCAACCGAAUCGUUACAACCAACAGCGUCAGUUUUCUAAUAUGGCUGAUAUGUAUGCAAGUACCCUACCGCCUCAAUAUAUGAUGAAUAAUGCUGCUGAUGCUUCUAUACAACCAUUACUUACUCACAAGUUCUUCCAACAGAACCGCCCGCCUACUGCAACACAAGAAGCGUUUCAAAAUGGUUAUACUACUGUACCACAAGCAGGAUAUCCUUAUUAUGGUCAACCGCAAACAGUUCAACAAUAAAAAAAAAAAAAAAACAUAAAAACUCAUAUUUAACAUUUGUGACUUCUUAUAUCAAAAUUUUUUGGAUUUAGGGGCUAAUUUUUUUUUUUCUUCCAGUGUAAUUGCAGAAUGAAGUCACAUUCCAAAUUUAAUUAAUAAAGUUAAUUUUAUUGCUAAUAAUUAUCUAUUAUUAUAUUAUAUUCUAAUACUUUCUUUUGAAAUGCACAGUAAAUUUGAAACAUCCAGAAGAAUGCAUAAUAUAUUGACAAAAUAUGGUUACUUCCUAACCUAAAAUAAAAUAAUUAAACUAGUCUUAAAGAAGUAUAAAAAUUGUGUUUUAUACUAAUAUUUAGACAAUUCGAAUGAGUUCCUUUUUUUUUUCUUUUUGCCAAGGGUCAAUUUUUUAUAUCAAGUCCAUGUAAAUUGUAUAAAACUCGAUAAAAUUAACAUUAUGAUAUUAAUUUUUAUUUGUCUAUUAUUUAUAUUGUAAAAAUAUUAAUACUCGAUCUGUGAUAUUUGUUAAACGAUGUAUAGUGCGAUGUUCCCUAAUUUAGAUAUUAAGGGAUUUAUUUAAAACGAUAAAAGGAAAAUGUUUUAGAUAUAUUUUUCUGCGACAUCUUUAACAAAUCUGGGGGAAAUGGAAAGACUGAUAUGAAAAAAUUCGUAUUUCUAUUUAUUUAUAAAUGCGAAAGCUACUAGUUUUGCGUAGUGGUGCAAUAUAAUGUCGACCAAUAAAAUGUCUCGGAUUUUUUUUUUUUUUUUUUUUUUUUUUUUUUUUUUUUAUAAUAGUGAUCAAAGAAAAGUAAGGUUUAUAUUAUUAAUGUGUAAGUUAACAUAUUUUAUGUUUUGUUUUUUUUUUUUUGUAUAAGCUAUUAUGUGACCCAAUUUGUCGAUAAAAAAGUGGCGUUUAAUUAGAACUAAACGUAUAUUACUACUGAAUGUUCUUCUGUAAGUUUCUACAUUAAAGUGCAUUUCUUUUAUUCAUGCUAUUGUUUUUUUUUCUAAUUUAUAAUACAAUUCAUAUGUAUACAUUAUAUAUUUAUAUGUAUACAAUAUAUAUAUUUCUGUUUGUCCUUUGCUCUAUUCAUCAAUAUCUAUCAUUUUAAUGGUGUUUAAAACACAAGUAAUAUUUAUGUUUUUAUCGUAUAAGUAACUAUAUAUAUAUAUAUAUAUAUGUAUUACGAGUAAAUAUAUGUCUCGAUUUUUUAAAAUACAAUAGUUUGUUACAAGUUAAGAAAUUUGACAAAUCCUUUGCUUAAAUAGACAGGGUUCAUUUUUAAAUAAUUCAUAUUCGCACUAUUAUAAAUGUAUUCGUGUUUAAUAUUGAUUUACUGUAAUCUAUCACAAAAUUAUAAUAUUAUCUCAUAACCCUGUCAGAAAACUGUUUUCCUUUUUCUUUUUAUGAAAUAUUUAAUUACUAAUUUUCAGUUAAAAUAUAUAUAUAUAUAUAUUAUUAUUUAUUACUAAGUUUCAUUAUGUAAGUGUUCUUAGUGUUGUAUACACUUUGAUUAUACUUUAGAAUAUUUUAUAAUAUACAUUAUAAUAAUUACUUAUUAUUUAGGUUUAAAUUACUUUAAACUAAUCAUUAAUAUUUGUAAUGGUAAUUUGUUUUUUUUUUGUAAACUUUUUUCAUGUUAAAGUAGAAUAUUAACGCACUUAAUAAAUUUCUAUAUUGUAAAACGGAUUCCCAGUAGAGACUAUAUUUGCCAAUAUUAUAUUACAAUAUAAUUAUUAAAUUAAUAUAUAUUC